AUGCGCAUCCUUUACCCCAAUUCCGGCUCCCACUCGCGAUAUUGUUCCCAACAGCAUGGGACGGAAGUCUGGGCUCAAAGAAAAGGGAAAACCCACGCACAGGCACUCGCUCAGAACUCUCCAUCGCCGCGGUGCGUCCAAGGACUCCCAGGCCCAAGGAUGAGGGACAGCCCCCCCUCUCCGUGGCCCCCGCCGUUGGAACCUUGGAGGCUUGGGCUUUCCCCUUCAGACCCCACCGAACCACAACUUCAGAGCCCACAACCGCGCCUCGGGGGCUCUGUCUCUCCCUCCCAGGUCUCUCGCUGCCACUUCUGGUUGGCCCGGGUCUCGGAGAUGGAUGGGUCCGGGUCGUUGUGGACCAAGGUAGGUCGUCUUCCUCCCCCCGGACCCCCGCCCACACCACACCUAAUGUUGCCCUUACCCAGAAGCUCAAGCACGUCCAAGGGGGAACAGGAUGGGAACCCAAAGGGAAGAAAAGAGAGAAGAGAGAGGGGGUCAAGCGGUUCACGCGAAUCAAGCCUCGAGGACCGUUGUCUAGCAGUUUUACAGGAUUAUUAUCUAUAUACGAGAUUCAUCCACCAAGAAAGCGGGAAAUGUACUGUCUAG